GGAAAAAACCUCCAGGCGCGAGGAGAAGCCUGCCAACACCAGGUUUGCGAUCCAGCUUCUCCCGACGCGAGAGGCGCAGAGCGCGAGGCAUCCACCAAUCACCACCCUCAUCUUCUCGGAUACCCUCGCUUUCUCCCCCCCCCCCCUCCUGUUGCAACCACGGCUUCAAAGGUGGACGGCGCGUUUUCCGCUCUGUCCCUGACUUUCUUCAAGAAAGAAAUGGAAGAGGGCUCCAGUUGUCCGGGCUCCCCCGUGGAUAGUCUGGGGACCAGCGAGGAGGAGCUGGACCGGCAGCAGAAACGCUUCCCGGCCAAGAGGAGGCAGAGCAAGAAGUCCAGCGGGGACAGCAGCGGCAGCAGCCCGGGCCCGGUCAAGCGGGCCAAGAAGCCCAGUCCGAGCAGCAACCAGUCGUACGAGGAGCUGCAGAACCAGCGGUGCCUGGCCAACGUGCGCGAGAGGCAGCGCACGCAGUCUCUGAACGAGGCCUUCUCGUCGCUGCGCAAAAUCAUCCCCACGCUGCCCUCGGACAAACUGAGCAAGAUACAGACGCUGAAGCUCGCCUCCAGGUACAUCGACUUCCUGUGCCAGGUGCUGCAGAGCGACGAGAUGGACAACAAGAUGUCCAGCUGCAGCUACGUCGCGCACGAAAGACUGAGCUACGCGUUCUCCGUGUGGAGGAUGGAGGGCGCGUGGUCCAUGUCAGCAUCCCACUAGCAGCCAGAGACCUUUGAGGCGACGCCAAAGCGACUGUUUACUUCUACAAAGUAUGAAAACCAAAGGAAUUAUUGAAGAACCCAUCAACCUCAAAGGCCUGGCAGAGAGACGUAAUGUGACCUACAAACGCUUUGGAAGUGUGUGUGUGUGUGUGUGUGUGUGCGUGUGUGGAUGCAGAUUCAACACACGCUUCUGACUCUGCAGCUGUUUGUUGCAGAGACAAUAUAUAUAUAUAAAUAUAUAUAUUGUUUUUCAAAGACUUAAAACCAAAGUAUAAAUAUAUAUAGAAGGAGGCAUAUUGUACAUACCUGUGUAACUACGCCUGUAGUCUGUAAAGGGACCAAUGCAAUUUUGAGUCAUUUGCUGCAUGGAUUUGUUUCACUGACUUUCUUUAUUAAGUCUCCAAAAAUCCGUCCGAUGUACAUUUUUUUGUUUUUGCUUAUUUAUUAAAACACAUAUUUUUGAACAAAAUAUGAUUUACAUUUAA